UGGAGUGGUAGCGCCAACAAAAGUUUCAAUUUUCAAACUCAUCACUCAACAACAUACCCAAAAAUCACUACAUCAUUGCUCUUGCUGGUGCCGUGAGAGUGCUAUUUGAUGAAAUGGCUUCUUCAAGCAUGGAAGGAUCAAUGCCCACCAUGGACGAAUAUGAGGCUCUCUUGUCAACCACCGACGUCGAACUUCUCAAGAGAGCAUGGCGUAGCGAGAAGGCUGCUCCCGAGAUUCUCCGCUACGAUUUCGAUCUCGUUGGCCGCGUCACCGAACAGCUUCAAUUGAUGGAAGAAACUGUGGAUGAGAAAUCUACCAGUGGUGCUGACCCGCUUUCGUUGUCUUUAUAUCAGAUGGACUUGGAUAGGACCCUCUUUCUCUUGAGAUCAUAUCUUCGGAUCCGCAUACAGAAGAUUGAAAAAUACAUGUUCCACAUUCGAAAAAGUGACGAGCUAUGGAAUAGGUUAUCUAAAGGGGAGAAAGAUUUCGCUUCAAGGUGCAUAGAUGACCUAAAACAUCAUCUUGAGGAGAGUGUGCUUUCAAAAUUGCCUGAAAAUUAUCAAUCCGUUGAGAAGCAAUCUGUAAUAAGUGAAGAGGAUGACAUGGUCCCAGAACCACGCCUAGACACAUUCGUCUUAUGCAGAAGCAAAGAGUAUCUCUCUGGCAUUCAACUUGAAGAUGGACCUGUUGAUGACAGGUCGAAGCUCUUUGAGAUGGAGCCGGGUGUCCUUUACUUCAUAUGUUACAAAUCAAUAAAGCCACUUGUGGAGAGUGGGAAAAUUGAUCUUCUCUGAUAUGAAAACUUCGGAUAUUGAUGUUCAUGAAAUUCCCCAUUGUUGAUCAAUUGUCUCCUACCAAGACUUGAAUUUAUGGAGCUGAUUCUAUGACACCUUGAGGAAGAGAAGAAAAUCCGGACUUUAAUUGUACAUUGUACCUGGUUGAAUUCAACAAGGCUCCUGAAGGAAGCUUGAAGUUUGACUGUGUGCUACAUGAACAUUUAUAGCAACUUAUUUUCAUUUAUAAUAUUUGAAAGUUAUAUUAAAAAAAAAUUAAG